AGCAGAGGAGGAGCUUCCUGCCAACCCUCUAUAAAGGGCAGGGCUGCAGUCGAAUGUGCUAUUCGGGAGAGUCUCUCAUAACCAACAGCACAAUGCGUCUCUUUCUUUUCCUCGCAUCCUUAGGCCUGGCCUCUGCUACAGCCUUCCAGGACUGCGGAUCCCUGGGGACAGACGUCCUAUUCUCCGUCGAGGGCUGCUCAUCACCUCCUUGUACCCUUGUCCGAGGAGAAACUUAUCUGAUCAAUUUCAAAUUUACUUCCAGUGUUAACUCCGAGACCCUAACGGUGGCUGCCUCAGCGAACAUUGGUGGGAUCGAGAUCCCUUGGCCAGGUCUGGAUCCAGAUGCUUGCAAGGGAGUCGAAGGCACCGAGAACCCCUGCCCCAUUGAAUCUGGAAGCCACGUCGACUGGAGUAUGGAAGCGAGCGUCCUCAAAGAAUAUCCAAAGAUCAUAACGAUGGUCACAUUUAAGUUGCUCGAUGACAAUGGUGAUUUGCAGACAUGUGCCAAACUCCCAGCUCAGAUAGUUUAAGACAUAAAACCAACAGUAAAGUUACAAUAAAAUUAUCAUAUAUCUAUAGGUCUA